CCGUUUUCAUUGUUAUUAUGUCGUAUCAUUAAAGGCCCGUUUACAACUUCUGAGUAAAUACUACUCGCCACAUAAAUGUUUAAGCCGACGAAAAAAGAAGUCACUUCCUAAUCUAUACUACCAAAUAAAUAAUAAUAACAAUAAUAAGUAUGUACUAUUUACAUAGGAUAAGAGUAAAAAAUAUUUACUUGAAACUUGUGAAACAGACCCUUAGUCAAAGAGAAUUAUAAUAUAUAUGGAAACCCUUAGUAUAUCAUCAAGAAUUAUGCCAAAUAUUUUGUCACUGUCAAAGAAAUAAACGUUUGACUGAUUUUAUUUUUAGAAAUAAAUUUUACUAUGUGUGAAUAUUAGCUUCAAUAUCAAAUGCAGCGUUUGUAGCGGCUAUGAUCCUCACAUGGCAUCAAGUGAAAAUAUUUUUUGUUGUAAUCAGCGUAUGUGUAAUGAUCGCUUCCGAAGAAAUUACACAUCCACAUCAUUGGAAAAUGAUAGAACAUCUUGCGGAAACACACUCAUACAUUGUGGCAAUAUUAAAUGAAGCUAAAAACUAUACGUGCACGGGCUCUAUCAUUAAUAAGCAAACAAUAUUAACAUCAGGAAGUUGCCUCAACCCAGAACCAGCAUAUGUUGCAGUGGGAGUUGCAAUAUUUGGGAGUAAAGUGGAUGAUCAUAACAUAUUUCGUAUUGCAUACACAGUAUUACAUGGAGAUUACACAUUUGAAUUGAAAGCUUUAGACCCAAACGUCACGAAAAUGCACAGUAACAUAGGCCUGGCUUUUGUAAAACGUCCAAUUCUAGAUAUAUUUAUUGCACUGCCAGAUCUCGGCAAUUACUAUGCAUCUGAAUUAAAAAACAGAAAACUCAUAGUUGUGGGUUAUGGUCUCAUGAAAAACUCCAAUUUGGUAUCGUUACAGCACCAAGCCUACCAUCAGACACCUUGUGCAAAUCCUAAAUGGUAUUACUGCGUUUGUGGAAUAGAAUAUUCUGCUUAUACGAAAACUUACUAUAAGGAAUUCGGCAAAGGAGCACCCGUAAUGAUCCAGGCCGGGAUUAUAGGAAUAACUGCUACUCCAUGCGGUCUAUUGUCUCUUAAGUCAAUGGGAAUUAAAUACAAUAUAUUUACGGUGCUCGGUCCAUACUUACCGUGGAUACAAAAAACUCAAACUAAUACAACUUUUUCAUUUCGAGCCUACGACAAUGGUGCUCCGAUAACAGACAGUUCAUUGAAAUAUUUUUACAUUGUAUUAGCAACUUGCAAUUUUUUUUAUUAAAGUAUCUAUCAUAAUGUGAAUUUUGUGUAUUAACGUAAAAUUCCAAUGGCCGAUCGACCGCAACUCCUUCUUAAAAUGGAAUAUUAAACAAAUUAACACCUAAAGAGAAUAAAACAUUUCCUGAAAAAUAUCUUCGGUUAUAUUCCGUUGAAAAUUAGCAUGAAUCUAUCGUUUAAUA